AUGGAGAAUAACCGCCGCGACGAUUCACCGUCCGGUCUAUCAGAUAUUGUCGAGGGCGAUGGCUUGCUCGGCACCGGCUUGACGACCCGUCACAUUGAAGCCUUCGGGCGAAAGGUCACAACAACCGCGGGACACUUGAUGGGACCGGGCGACCAGAACCCAAAUGCUCAUUAUCAAAAUGCCAUGACCGACAUCCACCGAGAACUGCGCCGGCCAGCGUCGCAACGCAAGGUCUUUUCUCUAACCCAGACCACACCAACUGAUCUCGUGCGCUCGAGGCUAUCCACCACUGAGAUCAAGUCGCGUGCCAUCUCCUCCCUCCCAGAUGAACUCCUCGCCAACAUCCCCGAUGAUACCAGCUCCUACUCCCUAUUCCAGGGCUUCCAGGCUUCCGUCCCUGAAGAAGACCACACACAAAAACGCCACCGCAGGCGGAGUUCGAAGAAGGCUUUGAAGGAUAGCGAGAAGGGCGGCGCCCUGACCGCUGGUCCGGUUGGGCUGAAGGAACAACGGAAAACGCUGAGUCGCCGACUGGAUCAAAUGGGUAUCCGAAAGAACAUGUGCAGCGCCGAGAUUCACGAAAUAGACAACAAGGUUGCCAAUUUACACAAGAUGCGCCAGAUUGUGCUCGACCGAUUAGCUGGCUUGGAAAUGGACGAGGCAGCGUUGGAACAUGAAUUGACGGAGCUCGAUAUUAAGCUAGAAGACUUCCCAGAAGAGACACCCGAAACGUCCGCCACCGGCGAAACACCCCAGACCUCCGAUGCCAAUGACGACUCUGCUGUGUCUUCCAGUGACCCGGCCAUGGAUGCCUCUUUCAUGUCGGAGUCCAUAUAUGAGAAACUUCCCACCUCGUCACCUAAGAGCUUGCGCCAUCGAUCUAUAAGAAAACGCUCAAUGCCAAUUCUCCACGAACACUUUGCUCCGGGGUCUUUAAUCAAGGAGAUCCAAGCACACACCGAUAUGGUUACCGCGAUUGAUUUCGACUAUCCAUUCGGUACGAUGGUUAGCGCUGCUUUGGACGAUACUGUACGUGUUUGGGACAUGAACGUUGGCCGAUGCUCAGGAUUUUUAGAGGGACAUCACGCCUCUGUUCGAGCCUUACAGGUGGAGGAUAAUAUUGUGGCGACUGGAUCUAUGGAUGCAUCUGUUCGACUGUGGGAUCUGAGCCGUGCUCGCCCUGCUACUCGUGACAAUGGUCGUUUGAAUAAACAUGAGCGGGAUGCCGAGGAAUUAUUCGAGCAUCCUUCGCCGGUUCCACCAUCAUCGAACUUGGAAGACUGCCACGUCUUUACACUGGAUGCCCAUGUUGAUGAAGUUACUGCGCUCCACUUUAAGGGUAACACGCUUAUUUCUGGCUCCUCCGAUAAGACAUUGCGUCAAUGGGAUCUUGUCAAAGGCCGAUGUGUUCAGACUUUGGAUAUAUUGUGGGCAGCUACUCAAGCUUCCACCACUACCUCAACGGAUGGAAGUUGGCGACCAUCUGGUCGCCUUCCAGAUGCGUCUGCCGAUUUCGUUGGAGCUAUACAGUGCUUCGAUGCUGCUCUGGCCUGUGGAACAGCUGAUGGCAUGGUCCGUCUCUGGGAUCUGCGUAGUGGUCAGGUUCAUCGAAGCCUCGUGGGCCACACUGGCCCCGUGACUUGUCUACAGUUUGAUGAUAUGCACCUGGUGACGGGUAGUCUGGAUCGAAGUAUUCGGAUCUGGGAUUUAAGAAUGGGCUCGAUCUCUGACGCAUACGCUUACGAGAAGCCGAUUACCAGCAUGAUGUUUGAUUCCAAGCGCAUUGUGGCUGCUACCGGUGAGACUGUGGUGAAAGUAUACGACAAGGCCGAUGGUAACCAUUGGGAUUGCGGCCCUGGUGUUGGUAUCGACGAAGAUGGGCCAUCCCCAUCUACGAUCGAGCGUGUGCGACUUAAGGAUGGAUAUCUCGUCGAAGGUCGCAAAGACGGCACAAUGGCAGCAUGGACAUGUUAG